ACAGUCAUCAGAGUAUGAGAAGGCUGUGACUGACUGGACCUACUACACACAGGACUGGACUACUACAUUGGGCUACUGCAGCAGCCAACACUGAUGACCUGAGGUACACACUUCUGAUACCUCUGUCUGCACGCUACAGCACUUACCAGGAGAGCAGCACGAUGACCAAGAAGGUGUUCACCAACACACGGGAGCGCUGGCGGCAGCACAACGUCAACACUGCCUUCACUGAGCUCCGCAAGCUCAUCCCCACUCACCCGCCAGAGAAGAAGCUGAGCAAGAACGAGAUCCUGCGGCUGGCCAUGCGCUACAUCAACUUCCUGGUGCAGUUGCUGGAGAGCCAGAGUGGUCAACCGGCCUCGCACUCCCCAACCGCCCUGCUCACCUUCCUCAGGGGCAACGUGGAACGUCUCCACUCCUCCUCCAGGACCUGGGGCCUGGCCAGCGACACUGACGCCCCCUCCCCUGGAUCAAGCUGUGACAGUACCGAGGCCUGGUAGUGUGCCUGCUGCAGUUUCCUCUGAUGGGUGAUCAUCAUCUACCACUCCAUGGGGUAAAACUGUCUGUCACCAUACCCCCACCCAUAAACUCCAUUUUAGCUCUGCAACACUUGAGGGGGACAGUGUUGGUGGUGAUGGCAAGCAGAGGAUGUUUGUGUGGUGUUUAUGGGUGAUGCUGUCCCUGCUGAAAUAAAGAGAUGGAGAUGGAUGUAUUUAGCUACACUUGUAUGUUUGAAAUUAUGAUGGGAUGAUGGGAGCCUUGUGAAAUGUAAUCUGUUAUCUGCAUGGAUGUACCGGUAGCUUGGAUGUAUUCCCAUCUUCAUGUCUGACAUGUAUGUUCAUCCUGUCAGUGGUGAAAGAUGUCUGCAUCAAAAAUGUUUCGUUUUGAAAUGAGAAAUAAGGAUGCAUUAAGGCCAUGAAGGACAAUUUAAAGGAUUAAGAAAUAGAAAAUGUCAAGGAAUUUUUUUUUUUUU